AUGACCGCUGUCCCCUGGGGAGAGGCCGGCAUCCCCACGCACAGUGACAGCAGGUCUUCAGACAGCCCUGCAGUGGGAUCCCAAAGUCAGGUCUCCCUCCCUGCAGAUGGCACAGCGGCUAGCGGUGCAGCGUCCACUGAACGGCAGGAUGUAGAUCCGGCCUCCACCAAGUCAGCCGCCUCCAAGGCCACAGCAGCAUCUGGGGAGGAGAACCAGCAUGAAGAUGAAGCUGAUGCAGGGCACAGUCAGGAGCCCAAGGAGGCCAUGGCCCAGCUGGCCCACCCGGCCCCAGAUGCCCGGCAAACAUCCUUGAGUCUCCAGAACCUAGUGUGGGCUGGGCCGGUGCGAGAUUCGAGGAAGACCCAGAGUCUUAGGAUUUCCCACACUGGCUCCCUGGUUAAGGAAGAGACACCACAAACAGCGGGUGUCCCAGACAGGGAGCAAGACCUAGACCCAUCUACCCCAAGGGCUGAAGCACAGUUCCCCCAAAAUGUGCCUGCCGUGGGCACUACAGAUGCAGACAGCCAGCUUGACACCAUCGAAGCUGUUGAGAAAUCUGAGGGUCCAGAAGCCGUGAACCCUGACACUGAAGCUUUGUCAUCGGCUGAGUCCCAGGCAGUGACCGAGGGGGAUUUGAUAGACUGCUCGAGAGACCUGCAGGCUCCACCGGUCCCUCCCUCCCCAGGAAGCAGUGCGACCUGCUUGCCUGGCGCCCCCACGGUGGCCCUGGGGAGAAGGCAUCUGGACUCCAGUCUGUACAUAGCCUGCGAGGAGAACGCCUACAUGCGCUCCAUGACCAGCUUGCUGGGAGCGGGCGAGGGGUCCAUCAGCUCCCUGGCGGACAUCCUGGUCUGGUCUGAGGCCACCAUGAGCAUGGCCACGGGCCUCCUGGCCUCGAGACACAUCUCCGUGACAUACCUGCUGCACAGCCCAGGGCUCAGUCUGCGCUUGGUCUCCAGCAUCCUGGGGAACGCCAGGUUGGCCUUCUCCUCCAGGCUGGUCCUUCGCUCUGUCAACCGCAUGCUGGAGAGGAUGGAGCAGAGGACUGUAGAAGGCAUCCGCUCAGCCAUUUGUUACAUGACCAGCCAACUCACCCACUCUGGCCCCAACGCUGACUAG